AUGGAGGGCAAGAUCACCCCGGUGGCCUCGGUAGUAUGGCCCAUUAACCCUCCAUCCCUAAGGCGCAUGGCCACCGAUUCCAAGUACCCCCGCACACCCAGCACCGACUCUGAGUUCUCUGUCAUCUCUGCCCCGACACCAGACCACAUCAACACCGCCACCGCCACCACUAGCCUCCAGAAACAGAGGUGGAAGACUGGCAUCAGUCCAACCUGGGGAAAGCCUUGGUCUGCUUCUCCAGAGCGUGUGUCGCCCACGACCGAGUCUCCGGCCGCCCAGCAGCAAGAGGACCUCCACCAGCGUGACGCUUUACGCACCACAGUCCUUCCUCAGACUCAGGACACGACUGCUACCGCCCUUGCAACUCCCUUCCUCCCCGGCAUCAGUGGUGGUAUCUGGUCUCCUCCUUCUUGGGCUACUCCGCCACCCGCCCCAGAGAAGAAGGAGGAAGACAAGGACGCUCAGAUUCGCUUCCUCCAGGAAAGGAUUCAGCAUCUUGCGAUGGAAAAGGACCAUGCACUGCACGACAAUGUUCGCCUGUCCAACGAGGUGGAGCGCCUGUCGGCUCUCGUCAGCGAGGUAGUCCUCUCUCCUCCUCAUUGCAGCACGCCGCUCCCUUCUCCCCACUUGCGCAACAACUUUGGUACCCUUCCCUUCUCGCACUCUGUUCCUCUCCUCAACAACGGCCCCUUUCAUCCUGUCGGUGCCAACGUCCCCGACCCUCGGCGCAACCUUGAACCCCUCCAACUCCAAUCAACGACCGAUGAAUCUGGCGUCUACCGUCCAUCCCAGAUCACUAUUGAUCUCAUUCUCAGCGGUCAGCUCGACUACAUGCGUAUGGACCCCAGGAGCGAGUACGACCUCAUUCGCCCUCUCGUGUGGACCAUUGCGCACCAGGAGCCCCGGAGCAACUCGCAGGCUGCCACGCUGAAGGUUGCGGCCAACGCCUUGGGAGGACGUCUCGGCCAGCCCCCUUCCAUGCCCAUCACUCAGUAUCUCCUCACUGUCAUUCUUGAGUGGGCCAAGCCGCUCUGCUACACCUCGAACGGCAACUACCUCUGCCAACAGCUCCUCGAGAAGGGCAGCACCGAGGACAAAAUCAACUUUAUCAAGGUCAUCUACUCCGACCUCGUCUCCAUCGCCAACAAUAAGUUUGGUGCUCACGUGCUUGUCAAGGCGGUCAGCGUCAAAGAACUCGAGUACGGUGUCUUUGAGUCCAUGCAGACCGGAGCUCGCAAGAUCUGGCGUCCAUGUCGUGAUGCCAACAACAAGGAUAUCUUCCAGAAGAUCAUGACCGACAUGACCGGUCGCUGGUCUGACCUCGCCGUUGCCAACGAGCAAGUCUUUGAAGGCUGUGCCAACGAGGAGCUCAUGAUCCUCGAGGAUAUCUCGCCUGUCGCCAACAAUCAAUUCGGACAUUUUGUCAUCAACAAGCUGUUGAACUUCCAUGAGCCGCUCGUCAAGGGCGUGUCUCACGCCAUUCUCACGGCCUAUCCGCCCCUGGCGACCAACCAUCACGGUGUUCAGUUUGUGGAGUUUGUGCUCAGCUCCAGUCGUCUUCUUCAACGCACCAACAUUGUCAAGUACCUCGAAUCACUGUGUUCACAGCAGAAUGGCCGCACUGCCGCCAUUGUUACCGUCGCCAACUCGUCUGUUGGCCGCGGUCAUCUUCAGAGUGUUCUCCGUCAAGUGCCUCCCUCUGAACGCGUCCUCAUGAGUCGCAUUCACAGCACCUGUCGCCAGUACCAGACCACUCUUCGCAACUCCCAGAGUGGUAAUGAACUCCUCCGCAGCCUCGGCAUCAUCAACACUCCGGCUAGGCGCAGUUGA